CAGCACUGCUGCCAGCAGCAGCAAGUGAUAAUCAAAACAGUCAAAAAAAUAACACUGAUUUCCAUUCGGUUCGGGUCGUUCUCGCAGGCUCCUGCGUUUUUUUCGCCACCGCGAGUGUGAUGAGACAAAGUUUAAAAUAAUAAUAAUGGCGGAACGGAGCAAAAAAAUGUCCUACAACGAAAUCGUCCACAUCCUAGCGCUGUACCGGGAAAAUAAGUGCCUCUGGGAUUUCUCCCACGAGCACUACAAAAACAAGCAGAAGCGCAACAAGGCCUUCGAGUACAUAAAAAACGCAACAAAUGCCGAGUCCACCGAUGAGGUCAAGCGAAGGCUCAAAAUCAUCCGAGACACAUACAACAUCGAGAGGAACAAAAUGAAGCGGCCACGAGCAGAAACCGGCGAGAAUUACCGAACCAAACUUUCCUGGUAUCAAAUGGCAGAUGAAUUUCUGUCGAAAAGUGAAAGAUCAUCAUUCCAUGAUGUCCCAAAUGCAUCACUGUACGAAUUCGAACCAGCUUCUUCGUCCCAACAAUAUCACUCCAACUCGUCCCCUGAAUCACAAGAACCGGACCAGCCGGAAGCAACAGACGUUCCUUCAGAAUAUAAACCAGAGUACGUGAUUGAUUUUGAGCAUGCAGAAGUAGCAUCUUGGCCGGUCAUCGAUGAAAACCACCAGCACCCGGUCAACCCCGCACCGAGCGUAACACAGAAAACAAAAAUCCGUCCUACACAAUAUUCCUCGAAACGUACCCGAAGGGAUGCUCUCGACCGGUUGGACAGCAUCAGCUCGCCACCCCUGGCUGUUCCCUCGGUGCCGGACGAAUUCCACUACUUUGGACUACAUCUAGCGGCACAGUUCAGGAAACUCCCCGUCCUGAGAGCUCUUAUGUUGCAAGAAAAAAUCCAAGCAAUGGUGAACAAAGAUCGGAUCGAUUUCGAAAAAAGUCAGUAUUAUCGGUCGCAAACGCCACCUCUGCCAGCCCACGUGACGCCCCAUGCGAGCGUGUUUCCGUCCAACGAGGAAGUUAAUUCUCUUCCGAUGGCUCUCAGCAUCGGUAACGACGCUACACCCCACAGUAGUAGUAGUGGUGGACCAUUGAAUAUAAAAGUUGAGAGCAACAAUUUUGACUUGAGUUAAAAAAAAAUUAUUAAAUUAUUUUAACA